AAUCAAUUUCAAAACACAAAAUUAUUUUCAGAUGAAAUUAAAAAAGAAGUUGAAGAGGAUGAAGAGAAAGUGGAGGAACAGGAUGAAGCAAAAGAAAAAGAAAAAGAAAAGAAAGAGAAAAAAGACAAAAAGAAAGAAAGCAAGAAGGAGAAGAAAAAAGAGAAAAAGAAAAAAGUAAAGGACAAACAGAAAGACGAUAGUGAAAGUGAAUAUUCAUCCGAACCUAAAUCUAAACCUGCAAAAGAAGUUCCAAAGAAGGGCAAGAAUCGGAACUACCGACGUCGUUCUCCGUCGUCAUCUUCCGAUUCCGAGGACAGCGCACCAGAUCUCUCGGUGGAUAAACGUAGACGCUCGACAUCACGCGACAGACGACGACCACCACCCUCGCCGCGAAGGAGGGAGCCUUCACCACGAAGACGUAAACCUUCACCAAGAAGGGAGUACUCCCCUCCACGAAGAAGAGACUUCUCCCCUCCACGCAGGAGUCCACCACGCCGAGGUCGGGAACCACCACGUGACUUGCGUCGCCCCCGACCGUCUUCCGAAGAUGACUCGAGGAGACGACGUCAAGCGUCACCACCAAGGCAACAGAAACGAGAAAUAUCGCCAUCAGUUGAAUCACCUCCUAAGAAACGAGCAAGAAGUCCUUCUCCUAAACCUAAACCUCGCAAGGGCUCGUCUUCCUCUCGCUCACCCUCACCCCAGAAACCUAAAACGAAAAAGAAAACUAAAAAGGAACGCAGCUCCUCCAGCUCAGCAUCAGAGAAGUCCCCCUCUCCCCAACGUAAGCAGUCUCCUCAACCCAGAAAGAAACAGAGAGAGGAGAGCCCACCUCGAAAACUAAAACGGGAGGAGUCACCAGAGCGUGCGAAGAAACAACGCAAGGAAUCGCCUCCUAGUCGUAAAAAACAAAGAGACGAGUCGCCUGCAGACCGUCGUAAAAAAGUACGUGAAGAGUCGCCUCAGAACCGUAAGAAGCGACAAGAUUCCCCUGAAGCCCGCCAAAAACAACGCGAGGAUUCAGCUGAUGCCCGCGGUAAAAAGCGCGAUGAUUCGCCAGAUGUUCGCAAAAAACAGCGGGAAGAAUCGCCUGAAAUUCGUAAAAAGCGUGAUGCUUCUUCGCCUGAACGUCGUGUAAAGUCGAAGGAUCGCGGUGAGUCACCGGGCAGCGACGAAGAUAAUCGAGAAGCUACGCCGCAGCCCGCAAGGAAGAGUCGUAGAUCACCGGAAUCUGCUCAGAAAGUGAAAUCAAAACCAGAGGAGUCUGCCUCACCUGAACGAGAGGCUGAACCCUCCAGAAGGUCUCCGUCAGCUAGUCCGGAACAAAAACGAGAAGAGAGUUCACAAUCUGUUGAUGUGUCUGAGAAAGAGCGUGCAGGUUAGAGGUUUCUUUAGUAUACGAGUCGUUAAACAACCAUUAUAAUUCUCUGAGGUAAAGGAGCUUUUAGAACAGAUUGUUUGACUAAAGAUAUGUGAAUACGAAACAAAUAUCAAUCGGCGUACAUGUCCCCAAAAAUCAUUUCUCACAAUGUGUAUUUGAAAAAGUUAUACUAAAACGCAUCCUCUAAAAAGUGAAAUGGUUCUUUUAGAGGAAAAAGUGCGAAUAAAUAAUAUUGUGUUCUAAACUUCUUCAGAGAAAAGCAAGCGAAGUGAAGCGAAUCGUGACGAGGAAGGUUCCUCAGAUGAAGAGGAAGUUGAGAGGAUUGUUGAGAAGAAACAGAAACGGCCAUCAUCACCAUCAUCUCCUGCUGAAGAAAAGGUAAAAUAUACUUUGAAACAAAGCUGUUUAUAGGCAAUUGAGCUAACCAUCGCUACUGCUAUUUUCAAUCAACGUAGGAAAGUUCGGACGAGGAGAAAGACGAGAAAACUGAUGAUAAGAAGUCAGAGAAGAAAAAGAAACGAAAACACAAGAAACACAGCAGAAAACAUAGGAAACACAAGAAACAUAAAUCUAAAGACAAAGGUUCUGAUGUACGUUAAUUUCUAAACUAAACUAAAGUAAAUUUUAGAUCAAGCAGACAAGCAUCGUUGUUUAAACUGCAUAGUUUUAUCAACUCUCAACUGUUCUCCUUAGAGAUCUAGUGAAAGCCAUCCUCUCUUGGGGAGGAAGCCUAAAACUAAACUACAUUUUUUCUUUGUUGGUGUUGUGUACUUUUUAUCAACUCUCAACCGUUCUCCUUAGAGAUCUAGUGAAAGCCAUCCUCUCUUGGGGAGGAAGCCUAAAACUAAACUACAUUUUUUCUGUGUUGGUGUUGUGUACUCAGGUGAAUAUGAUGUUUGUGAUGUUACUCUGAGUGUAUAUCCACACCGGGUGAGCUUGAAAAAUAUGCCCGGCCACGGUGGGAAUCGAACCUACGACCUUUGGAAUACUAGCCCAAUGCUCUGCCAACUGAGCUACGCGGUCAGGCCGGUUCGAGUAAGAGUAACAUCACAAACAUUAAACUACAUUUAUACUGGCUAGCUGUAUCAGUUCUAAAGGGUUCUCCUCACGGUGGUACAGUGCCCACUCUAGGAGGAAAACGGAAUACCAGCUGGGAAACCUUCCGGCGUUUGGAAGCACUUCUCUGAAGCCAGAUUAUAAUCAGAAAACUAUAUGUUAAACUAGGGUCGAACUGCACCAGUCACUAUGCUACCAACACGCUUUACAUUACUUACAUUUAUAUAAUAUCUAUACUUGGAUAUUGUAGAAAUCGGAAAGUGAAGGUGAAGAAAAUCUAGAUCUGGAAAAAUCACUUCGAGAGAAAGCACUGGAGUCUUUAAACCGCCAUAAUAAAGAACAUGCCGAUGAUGAUGAUGAUGAUGAAGAUGACUAG